UUAGCUCCACUAUUAAAGUAAAGGAGUUAUGAACAAGUUAUCUAAUUUAACAGCUUGGCCUUACUGUGUUGUUGCCUUUGAAUUUUGUGAUAAUGGCCAAAAACUAUGGGUUCCUUGUCUGCAUUUUUGUCUUGGUCUUGGACAUUGUAGCUGGCAUACUUGGAAUUCAAGCAGAAAUGGCUCAAAACAAGGUUAAGGACUUGAAAGUGUGGGUACUUGAGUGUAGGGAUCCAAGCUAUGAAGCUUUCAAGCUAGGACUUGCUGCUUCCAUUUGCUUGGUCUUUGCUCAUGCAAUUGCUCACUUGCUUGGUCGGUGCAUUUGCAUGCAAUCCAAAGAAGAAUGCCAAGGAGCCACAGCUAAUGGGCGAUUAGCAGUGGCUUUUCUCAUUUUAUCUUGGAUAUUAUUAGGGAUUGCUUUCUCCUUGCUGAUUUUUGGCUCCUUAGCCAACUCAAGAUCAAGGGAAUCGUGUGGGAUAUCAAAUCGUCGGUUUCUAUCCAUUGGAGGGAUUCUAUGCUUCAUACACGGGUUGUUCACCAUUGGUUAUUAUGUUUCUGUAACUGCCACAAGAAGGGAAGAAAAGAGGCAAGGAAACUCCAUUGUAGGCCACACUUAAUCAUCAUUCACUUUGUUACCAUGACUCAAAGAUUAAUUCUAAGACCAAGGAUUUCAACUGCCAUUAGAUAAGAAAUGUACAAUUAUUUACCUUUCUUUUUCUUUUCCUCUCAUUCUCAUUCACUUUUCACAAAUUACGUAACCUUUGGAUAUCUAG